UUUACUUCUAUCAUUCUAUGAACUGUCACGUAAACAUAAUUGCCGUACAAAUAUCUUACUCAAUCUUUCCGAAGAUGUGGUGGGACUCAUACCUAAUCCUAAAGCGAUCAGAAACAUUCUGAGCCUCAAACAACAAUGACCAUGAAUUUAAAAACUAAAAUAAAAACAGAAGAUUUAAGGUGGCCUGAGAAAACAACGCUACAGGUGGGUUCUAUCCUCGAUUGAUUUAUUUUUUUCAAUUCUAUGAGAAAAUUGCAUUUUUUUGUAUGAAAUUUUUUCAGGAAGAAUGCCAAGCGUUCUCAAUGUUGAAUCUAUUAUUAAGCGUGGUACCAGGACUGCGCUAUCAUCUCUUUUAUCCAUCUGCGGGGAUUGUCUAUUAGCAUUUUGAAAUACGAUGGCUUUGGGCCAAAUUGGACAUCCCUUCAAUGUAUGGUCACAUGGAAGGAACUAUGGUCUUUUCCCUUGCAAUGCACAUCAUUGCUUUGCAGAAACUAAUUUGAAUGCUAGGGGUCGCUGUUUGAGCAAAACCCAUAUUAGGGGCAUCUCUGGAAAGGGUAGAAGGACAGGCUUCAAUAUGACCAAAUGCUCGUCUUCAGAAAGCGCUCGUGCAGAGCCUUUAGAAUCCAAUGGAGUAGUUGAACUGCCUCUGUUCCCACUCCAAUUGGUGCUUUUCCCUGAUGCGAAUCUGUCUUUGCAGAUAUACGAAUAUAGGUACAGAAUGAUGAUGCACACCCUCCUGCAAACAGACCUUAGGUUUGGGGUAAUCUACACAGAUGAGUUCUCUGGUGUAGUUGAAGUGGGCUGUGUUGCGGAGGUCGUUAAGCAUGAGAGGCUUUUAGAUGGCCGGUUCUACUUGAUAUGCAAAGGGCAGGAGAGGUUCAGAGUGAUCAAAUAUGUGAGGACUAAGCCUUAUCUGGUGGCAGAGGUUCAGUGGUUGGAGGAUAAACCCUCUGACAGACAGGAGGAUUUAGAGAAGCUUGCAAAUGAAGUGGAAACCCACAUGAAGGAUGUGCUCAGGCUGUCCAAUAGAUUGGCUGGUAAAGCUGACGAGGAAUCCUAUGACGAUAUUAGGAAGGGUCGCUUUCCAACUCCCUUUUCGUUCUUUGUUGGCAGCUGCUUUGGAGCGUCACCAAGAGAGCAGCAAGCACUCUUGGAAUUGGAGGACACCUCAAUGCGGUUGAAGAGGGAGAAAGAGACACUGCGGAACUCUCUGAAUUACUUGUCUGCAGCAACUGCUGUAAAAGAUGUUUUCCCAUCUUCUGAUUAAUUGGCUUCUUAAUACGGUAAAUGUUUCUACGGAGAAGAAACCUUGCUUUGUUGUAAUUUACUUAGAAGAUCAUGGACAGAAGCUUCCCAUAUUAUUUCUAAAGAAAUCUUUUUGUCUCAUCCCCUUAUACACAUGUAAACAGUCAAGUAUAUGUUGAGAUAACUAAUAGACUUUGGCUGGAAAAAAGAUAGUUUUUUUUCAGCUUGAAAAAGGGAAUGUAAUGAUUACGAUUUAAAAGAAAUAUGAAGGUUCUCAUGCAAUUUUGUGAUA